UAUGAAAAAAAUACAACCCGUCCCUCUCUCAUAUAAACCCACCCUGCUGCGUUUAAUCAACUUGCUGUAAACUUCUAGUAAGAACGUUAUUCAGACGAUAGAGAUUUCACAGCAAUGGAGAAUUUCCAAUAUACCCAGGACAAUGUCCCACUGCAAAUCCAAACCAAUAACUACGAGCGGCUGAGAGAUGAUCAGGGGGUAUGCAGCCCCGCGGUGGUGAACAUGGGUCCUCCUAUAUACCCCCAGGUUCGGGAUCACAUUGUUUGGUCAAUUUUUAACACCGUCUACAUGAACUUCUGCUGUUUGGGGUUCGCAGCCCUGCUUUUUUCAAUCAAGUCAAGAGACAGAAAAGUUGUGGGAGAUCUGGAAGGAGCUCGCCACUAUGGGUCUACUGCACACUGCCUCAACGUGACCACCCUGGUCUUGACCAUCCUCACCUUCCUCAUUAUAAUUAUUCUGCUUGCUGUUGGAGUCCUUCAGUUCUACAAUAUUGCCAUGCAAGAAGUCCGGGACCAGCAUAACCUGUUCCAAGGAAACGGAAAGUAAAGAAAGAAAGAAAGAAGGCAGGAACAAAAUUACUAGCUUCAGCUGACUUGCAGAUAAGUUUUCCUGCAGCACAAGUUUUUGUAAUGGUAUCUUUGCUGUUUGUGUUUUCUGUUAUGUUUUCUUUUUUUGUAAUGUUUAUUUUCACACUU